AAUGACAGACAAAAAAAUAAUAGUCAAACGUUACCGGUGGCGCCGGUCAACUGUUGAUAAACCUUUUUCUAAACUUCUCUCUCUUGCUUGGUCAUUCAAUUUUGUGGAGGAGCUCUUUACUUCAACUGAAAUUGAUUCAAAAAAGCUCAAUUUUUUAAAUUUCUUUUUGGAGAUUUUUGCUCUUCAAGUUCUUGGUGCUUUUUCAACCUAGAACGGAAAUGGCACAACGUACUCAUGUACCAAAAUUUGGCAAUUGGGAGGGUAGUGACAAUGUUCCUUAUACGGCAUAUUUUGACAAAGCUCGGAAAGGUCGAACUGGCACAAAGAUGAUAAACCCAAAUGACCCUGAAGAAAAUCCUGAUUUAGUUCUUGAUAAUUCAUCGUCUGAACAACCACCUCCUUCCAAAUCCAAACCUAGAGUAGAUUCAGAGGAUCUAUAUGGGAAGGGAUCAGCGCGAGCAACAAUUGAGUUACGUAAGAGUCUCGAAGAUGGUGAUCCUAAGCAAUAUGCUGACUCUCCAGCUCGUCAUGACAAUGUAGGCAAUCGGAGUUCCAAUGACUCUACACCUCGUCUUGGAGUAGGUUCUGCUGAUAACCGACGAAGACCUUCAAGACAAAGUACUGCUGGGUCUGAGUACAGCGUUGAACGAUCACCCCUUCAUCGUCAAGCUAAAGCUCCGGGAAAAGAUAGUCCCUCAUUGGAAGCAAAGAAUUCCUAUGACAGCAGCCAUGGUACACCAGGAAGAUCUCGGCUAAGACCAGUUAAUCGAGGGGAUGAAACUCCUGAGAAAGGCGCGGCUGUUCCAAAAUUCGGCGAAUGGGAUGUGAGUAACCCUGCAUCCGCCGAGGGCUAUACUCACAUUUUCAACAAGGUGAGAGCAGAGAGACAGGGUGGGCCCGGACAUGCACCCGGCACACCUAACGAGAGGCCGCAUGUUAUCCGCAACCAACCUUCCAAUGGCAAAGUCCAGUGUUGCUGCUUUGCUUGGGGGAAAAAAUGAUUUUUCGGAAAGUUUGAAGUGUUAUUUUGUGAAAAGAAAAGAAAGUGAAAAUAGUGUUGUGAAUGAUCACGAGGUUUGUGUCGCACUUGUAAAUAUCCACGGUUCUCUUUCCUUGCGGGAAGACAUAUCAUUGAAUUGCUUCUGUCAUAUAACUACUUUGUGCUCUUUUUUUCUUCUUUCCGGUAUGUUUUUUCUUUCAAAUGGGCGCAGCAAAAAGACAUUUUGCUUGCAAGAUUGUGAUUUUUUCUUUUUUUAGCAUUCUGUGGUGUUACUGUUAUGAUCUUACUAUUCAAUUUAACUGUAUUUAUCCAAAAUAUAUAAGAGAUUGAUUCUGUGUUGAAGUCAA